AAGGCAGGAUUACUCGCGCAUGCGCAGACACGUACUUCCCUGUUGUGUCUUGUGAAACUAAACUACUAACUUACUAGUGAUGUUUCAAGCUCUGAGUGUUUUCACAAGGCACGUCGGCACCACAAAAGUGAAUCCACUCUGGGUUUACACGCGAAACAUGGGAAGUUUAAGCAGAGAAAACCGCUCCAUCCAUUCAGACAACAUCCAGGACGUACAUAACAUCCCAAUGGAUGUGAUUAUACGACCCAUUCCGCCUGUUCUAGACGAACAGAAAGUCCAAAGCCUCAUGACCAGCAUACAGGAGGACGCAGGUAUUUCAGUUGUGCCUCCCAUAGACGUGCUUUGGAUCACAGGAGAAAAGGGAGGCAAUUAUUAUUAUUCUUUUGGAGGAUGUCAUCGAUUUGCUGCCUAUCAUAGGUUAAAAAUGAAAUCCAUACCAGCCAAGAUCAUCAAAUCUAAUAUUUCAGACUUACGCACUUACCUGGGAGCAUCUACGCCGAAACUACUGUGAUCCACUGAUUAUAGAUCAGUGGAUCCAACACACAUAGAGACGCACCGAGGCGGUAAAUCCGUGCUGCCAUCUAGAUGAUAUUCAGGCACAUUUAUUCCGUAUGGCUGUGUUUCUUAUGACACUGAUAAAGAAUGUACUUUAUAUUUUGAAAAGGCACUUUGAUGUUCCUGGUUAAGAAAAUAUUCACACAAGUUUCUUAAUAAUUUUCUUGUCAGUUCCUCUUCUCUGGUUGUAUCUGUAUGAAUCAAAGCUUUGUUGCAACUGUUACCAGACAUAUUUUUAUUCCUUUUGAUCAACAUAAUUUGUUUUGCUUGGUCGCUCUAUGUUUCAAGUCACGAUGACUAAACAGAUCUCUCUUCAUCUGGCAAUUCUUAGUCUGACCACUAGAUGGCAGCAUUACAACACUGAUUGAUUAAAGCAGGGCUUCCCGGACUUUGUUUGUCAGUGAAACCCUCCAGUCUGAUCUAAAAUAUAAUUUUUUAGAGAUUAUAAAUAGAUAUUUAAUUAAUUUAACAACACAUUUGCUCUGUUAUUGGCUAAUAUGAAGUAUUCAAUAAAAUAUUUAGUCCUUUGUAGUAAGUGUUUUAUUAAUAUUAUUAUUUACUGCUAUUAUUUUUAGAUGAUUUAUAGGCUAGUAAUGUUACUUUUAUUUUUUUAUUUUUUACUCCUGUUCAGUGUGAAAAAGUUUUCAGUAGAGUCUGAAAUUUUGUCCAGUGCUAUUAGUAUGCUAACCUGAAAUGCCUAAAAUAUUCUGUGAUUUUGCUAGAAAGUUAAAAGGAUUCAUAUUGUUAAUAAUUUAUAAAUACAUUUGCUUUGUAAAAAAAAAAAAUGGUGUAAUGGUCAAAAUAGAUGAGGACAGAAAAUAAGAUGACCACAGGCGUGUGCUGGUCUGGUGACCACUGGACAUGGUUAUGCUCUGUGCUCUUAACCACAGCAUUGAGAUCGCGUCUCUCGGGUGGACUAACACAACCAAAUUCAUAAAGAGUUUACUCCUGUAUUGUGUCCAGAUCUGCUAUGAAUAUUACAAGCUGAACAUCUUAAUCAUUACAUUUUAAGAAUUACUGCAUACAAUGUUCUUUGUGUAUUUGUAGAUAUGCUAAAUUCACUGCAUUUUUUAUGAAUUCAUAUUUUUAUGUGCCAGUGGAGGGGCAUGAGAAUUGUAGGACAUUUUCUGAAGCUCAUCCAUAAUGGCAGGACAUGUUGGGGGUCAUGUGUCAUGAGAACUGGCCAGCGUUUUUCUCAUCUGCAGGCUGAAGUGAAGGAAAAGGAUGAAUACAGCCAUAUUCUAUAUAUAGAUGGAUUGAGGCUCACAGUCAGACUGAUGUAGAGGAAAUAUAGUGGAACCGCUGAAUUAUCUGACAUGAAAACUGCUCUCACAGUCAUUUCUGUUCUCAGCUGUUGUCUAGAGGAGAUCAGAGAAGGGCACCUCGGAUUUCUUCCUUGUAACGGCAUUUCACUUCCCUUUGACUUUUGACCUUGGCCUAAUAUCCAUAGCAAAAGGCCUCUCAGACUUUACAACAACGAUGACGGAUGCUUUUGAAAACCCAGAUUCACAGGUGCCUCAGUCAAUAAUAAAACAAUACAAAUUAUGACAAAUUUCUUGGAUCUGUAAACUUUGCAACAUUUUGUAUGGUAUGACUUGAUUAGACAAAUAAAAUCCUUUGCAAUUGUCGGCA